AACGUCAACAUCGCUCAUGUAGCCAUUUCCCCCAAGAGCUGCAGGAAUGCAGGCAGGCCACCAUUAGGCUCAGAGGGUAAAAAUGGCAAGGUACUCUUGGACAAUAUUGUUUCUUCUCUCUGCCCUUUUCCUUCAGACAGAGCAGACAGUGUUUAUAUCAGCUGAUGAUGCAAACAAAGUUAUAAAGAGACAGAGGCGUGCCAGUUCCCGACUUUUGGAGGAGGUCCUCCAAGGCAGCUUGGAAAGGGAAUGCCUUGAAGAGAGAUGUACGCAUGAAGAAGCAAGAGAAGUAUUUGAAAACGAUGAAAUGCUCAAAAUGUUUUGGGAUGCCUACUACGGCGGCAGGAGGUGCUCGUCGAGCCCCUGCCAGCACAACGGCGUGUGCCAGGACAGCAUUCGAGGCUACACCUGCACCUGUGCUGAGGGCUACGAGGGAGAGAACUGUGCUUUCGCUAAAAAUGAAUGUCGCCACCAUGCAAAAGAAGGAUGUCACCACUUCUGUUACCCAGGAAGCGAUUCCUACCGUUGCUCCUGUGCUGAUGGCUACAAGCUUGGGAAGGAUGAAAAACAGUGCAUCGCAUUAGAUCAGUGCGCAUGUGGGAGACUGCAAGACAGCGAUAAUCUGAUAAGUGAAACCAGGAAGAAACAUGACAAGCAAUUCCCUUGGCAGGUCCUGCUGCUAAACUCAGAAGGGAAGGGCUUCUGUGGCGGAGUGCUGCUAAAAAGUAAUUUUGUAUUGACUACAGCAGAGUGCGCCCUUCUGCACAGCCACUUUGGAAUCAGGGUUGGUGCUGGGCAUAAUGGAACCAGCGGAACGGAGAAGAUAAUGCAAGUUAAUGAGAAACACAUACACAUCCGGUAUGAUGAAGACACUGGUGAGAACAACAUUGCAUUACUACGACUCCAAGAGCAUGUCGAGUGCAACAGCCACCAGCUUCCUGUAUGUGUCCCCGAAAGAGACUUUGCAGAACACAUUUUAAUUCCAAAAUUGGCUGGCACAGUCAGUGGCUGGAGAAUGGAAGGUGAUGAACUUCAAGGCGAUGAGUUGCAAGUUUCAUACCUUCCUGCUGAGGACUGCAAACAAACACUCAACAUAAGCCUCACGAACAGGCAGUUCUGUGGACACCUCCAGGAAGCCGUAGACAAACGACUGGCUGGAGGAAGCUUUUUAGCUACUGAGUAUAAGGGCACUUGGUUUCUGACUGGUAUCCUGGGAUCUUGGCCACUAGAAGACACUGACUGGGAAACAAUCCUAUUCACCAAAACCGCAAGGUAUAUGAUAUGGUUUAAACAAAAAAUGAAGUAAGACAGAAACACAACCAACCCUCCAGCACUAAACCCCUACCAAUCACUGCGAGGAAACAUUUGGAUGCAGCCAGUACACCCAUUUGACUCUAUCACGAUUUGCAGCAAGGAAACUUGCAACAAUGAUACAUACAUAACUCCGAUUCAUACAGAAAAGCCCAUUUGUCUUUCCUUCUUCUGUUGACAGACACUACUGUGAAAGUCAUGAUGCGAUAAACCUAGUUAAUUUACUAAAAACUGACUGAACUUUAAGUUUCCUAGAACUGUUCAUCCUAAAACUCAAGAAGCGUUGAUGUUUUUUCUGUGAUUUUAAACGUUGCUAGAAAGCAGCAAGUCUUUUUAAUUCUUGUUACCCUGGGGUUUGAUUCAGCAAAUUCAUAUUCUUAUUUCUUACGAAGACCACGAGAGCUCCAAGCCUUUAAAUGCCUAUAUUGAUGUAGGACCUGACACUCUCAUGACCCUAAAAAAAUGCAUCUGUUCAUACACAGUACCCAUGUUUUACCUUAUGAAUCAUGUCCAUGUCAGUUAGUGGGUAAAAUAAAACCCAACUCUCAAAGAGGGAAGAAAAAUGUUUUAUUUCCUUUAAAAAUAAUUUAAAACCCCCAAAAGCACCAUCCCAUCACUAUGGACAAAGGUACAUCGUACCACUCCCAAACGGUAAAACCCCCAAGGUAGUAACACCUAAAAUAAUGGAUCCAGUGGCAAUGUUUUCCCCAGAAGCUGAGUAAAACAGAGUAUGGAUAGUUAGAUAAGCUUUUUUUCAUCACAACAAAAAUGAAACAAAGUAUUACCAGAAUAAAAAAACGCAAACCCAUUUGUGGUAACCUACAGACAAAAAUCCCACAUUUACUUCAACCUGUAAGUACCACUGACACAGUAAAGCUUUUAGUGUCAAGCACUUCUCUACUCCUUAGAGAAGGCUUGCAGAGAGUAUUUAAUACCAGCAAGAUUAUUGAAGAGACUUAAAGAAAAUGGAAACCAUGAAAGAAACCAUCAUUUCCACUCUGAAGAAUGGAUUAACACAAGUAACAAAGGAUGCUACUUCUCCGCUCUGAAAGAUAAAUGCAGAAAUAGUAACACAGAGUACUCCAUAAAAGUUUUAAGUAAUUUGGAAGGAAUUUGGAAUGCUUCGCUUUAUUUCCUCAUGAAAUACUUUGAAUGAGCUAGAAAGCCUGUGGAAACUAUCAUUGAAAAGUUAGCAUUUCAUUCCAACGCGCUUCGUAACACUGGCAGCCUUGGUCAUUCUGGGAAAGGAGCCACAAACAGUUCCUGGUAUUCCAGUCCUGGACAUAAGCCAGGUCAUUUACAAUGUUCUCAGGGCAAUUAGGAGCAGCUCCACUGGGCAAGCUGAGGAUCUGAAAAGUACUUGCAUGGAUAAGAUGCAAUACUCAACACACUGUUGACAGCGGAGGAAAUGGGUUCUGCUUACUGACCACAAGCUUCUGAUGCUGAUGAGAUAUAUAGCCUUUAAUGUGACCCUGGCAGAAGGAGGAAAAGACACUGUUAGUACUGGAAGCUGGUUACGCAACACCUAUAACCUCAGCUGUCUUCAGACUACUUCAAGCAAAGCUGUAUGUGUACACUCAACCACCACUGCACCACGGUACUUAGUAGCUCUAAGGAUCUGAUUUAUGGAAGUGGGUCAACUCACAGAGCAAGCAGAAAGUUGGAACCGUAACGACGGCGCUGUCAGACGGAGAGCCUGCUGCCAGGGCCCCCUACUGGUCUGCCUGUUUCCUUGAAGAGACAGAGCUCUACGGAAGUUUUUCUAAAUUUACUCUUGCUCACUUUAAAUUGAGGAUUUUAAUUAGUCACUAUUCCAAACCUAAUAAACUAAACGACACAGUA